CCCUGUCUACACCCCGCACACAGUGCGAAGAGCGCAGUCCGAGACGUGUGCAUGGCGCUACUGGGCAGGAGGCACUGGUCACCCAAGUCAGUGGCACCCCUGGAUGUGUGCCGCGCGCCUUUUCGUCCAAUGGUCUAAAGGAGCCUGCGUUUCGUGUUGCUUUGAUUUUUUAACUUUUAAACAAUGGGGACUGGAUCACGUUUAAAACGUGCGGUGGCAAUAUUUCUGCUCAUCUUCAAAGGUGUAUAUGCACUCUACUUUACCCAGGGAUCCUAUCAAGUACGUUUGUAUGUUGAGGAACCUAUCGGUAUGCCUAUUUUGCAAGUCUAUGCUUUGCCAGAAAGAGACAAUGAAAAAGCCCAUUUUUGUAUCUUUGGAAGCUUGACAUUUGAUGUUCAAUCAUGGUUUUAUAUAGAUGAGCUGAAAGGAAUUUUAUACCUCAAUAAGACUCUUGAUCGGAAUGACUUUGCAUAUCUUGGAGGAAGACUAAAUUGGGAAGUGCUGAAGUUCCACCUAUCCAUUUGUGCUUCUCCAAAGCCUAUUGGAGACAGCUGUUGUAAAGAAGGCAUUACAACCUUAUUAGCCUUGUAUUUAUCCAACACCACAGCAACUCCUUGCAGAGAACUGAAGCCACAGCAGCUGUGUCUGCAUAACAGUGAUAGCAAUCCAUCCAUAAGGGAAAACAAACUUCCUGGAAUGUUUUACCAGCUGCAGUCUUUGCCUUUGAAGUAUAGGUGCCCAAAUUAUGCAGUUAAUUAUACAAUAGAAUCAGAGGAUUCCCUCCCAUUCAUAUUGAAUGGUUCUGAAGUGUAUGUGGUGUCACCCUUGGAUCGAGAGGAGAAAGAAACACACAAACUCCUGCUGCGCUGUACUGUACAAAAUGAGUUUACAGUAACACAUGUGGAAGAGACCCUCACCAUCACGGUAUACGAUGAAGAUGACAGGGGCCCCUACUUUCCUAAUGGCACUGACAGCACAGAUGUAGUUGUGGAAUAUAAUAGACAAGAGGGUGCUGUACUGGGAACAAUACUUGUUUAUGAUGCAGACAUUACACCAAGUGUUGAAAAGAUCCGGGAUAAGUAUUUGAGCACAAUGCUCACAAACAAUCCAUGGGUUAGAGAAAACUUCAAGAUUGUUCACAAUGUUAGAGAAACUGUCUUCAAUCACGUUCGAAGUGCCAUUCAUGAGUACAAGCUAGUGCUAAACAAAAGCAUUUCAACUGUAGAGAACCGGUCUUUCCAACUUCCUGUGCUAAUUAAUGACACAGAAUUUCAUGAACCUGAAGGAUCAGUUACUUUGUUUUUUAAUGUGACCAUCCUGCCAAUUACAUUUCGAUUCUCCAACAAAACAUACCAGUUUAUUUUAAACCGGAAAGCUGCACAAUAUGCACAGAUUGGCCAGCUUUGUGUCGAAAACUGUACAGACCUUCAUGGAAUCAGCAUCACGUACAAACUAGCUCGAAUGGACAAGAACAUCUCCUCAGCAGCAAAGGCCUGCUAUCAGGCUGUGGCAGUGCAGGGCUGGAACAGCGUCACAGGAAUACUUUAUGUGAACGACUCCAAGUUGCUUAGAAGGGACGAUUGCCGUGAACUUCAUUACAUUGUUUCUGCCUCUGAUAAAUUGAAUCCUAGACAAGCUCAAGCCCAAAUAAUUAUCACCUUGAAAAGAUCAUUAAACAAAAAGAAGCUGGAGGAGUACUGUCCUCGGUCUUGUGCAGAGAACAAGUUUCAGUCAGAUUGUGAAGGAUGUGGAGGCCUUGGGACCCCGACAGGGCAGUGCCAAUGGAGACAAGGAAGUGGCAAAGGAAUUUCAAAAAACUAUUCUACCUGUUCACCAAACCUACAGAUAUGUCCUAAUGGCUAUUGUGAUGACGUAGAGAGAAUGAAUGAGGCAAUCUGUCCACAGGACUGCAGUAAAGGAGAAGUAAUAGGGGGACAUGAAAAAGGCCAUCCUGAGGGCAUCAAGUCUGGCUAUGGAACAUGUUACUGCUAUCCAGGAGACAAAUGCUAUUGUGAAAAAAAUGAAAUUCAUGAGUCCAUUUGUGACGAUAUUUGCAAGACGGUGAUUGCAACAGGAGUCCUGUUGUCAUUUGUUAUUUCAGUGCUGCUCUCUUUAUUUUUCAUUCACCGAUACCACAAGAAUUCUCCUAAGCCUCCAAUCGCCUCUGCUGAGAUGACAUUCCGUAGACCAGUUCAGUCGUACCCGAUCAGUUACUCUGCUAAUAAUGUUCGCCGACCUUCGGUUGACUCUGUUGAAAACCAAGUGGCUGUGGAUGCUUACAAAAUACCUGAGGAUCCAAAAUGGGAAUUUCCAAGAAAAAAUCUUGUGCUUGGAAAAACUCUUGGAGAAGGAGAGUUUGGCAAAGUUGUUAAAGCUACGGCAUUUCGGCUAAAAGGAAAGGCUGGCUAUACAACAGUAGCUGUAAAAAUGUUAAAGGAAAAUGCUUCCCAGAGUGAACUUCGAGACCUCAUGUCUGAAUUUAAUCUGCUGAAGCAGGUUAACCACCCUCAUGUUAUCAAGCUGUAUGGUGCCUGCAGCCAAGACGGGCCUCUUUACCUGAUAGUAGAAUAUGCUAAAUAUGGGUCCUUGCGCAGUUUCCUCAGAGAAAGUCGGAAGGUUGGACCUAGCUACAUGGGUAGUGAUACAAACCGAAACUCAAGCUACCUGGAAAACCCUGAUGAGAGAGCGCUGACCAUGGGGGACCUUAUCUCAUUCGCUUGGCAGAUUUCCCGAGGAAUGCUGUACCUCGCAGAAAUGAAGCUUGUUCAUCGGGAUCUUGCGGCUCGAAAUGUGCUAGUAGCAGAGGGGCGUAAAAUGAAGAUUUCAGAUUUUGGGCUUUCUCGAGAUGUCUAUGAGGAAGAUUCUUACGUUAAAAGGAGCAAAGGUCGAAUACCUGUGAAAUGGAUGGCAAUAGAGUCUCUCUUUGAUCACAUCUACACAACACAAAGCGAUGUGUGGUCAUUUGGUGUUCUUCUGUGGGAAAUUGUGACACUUGGAGGAAAUCCUUAUCCAGGCAUCGCUCCUGAACGCCUCUUCAACCUUUUGAAGACAGGAUACAGAAUGGAAAAACCAGAAAACUGCAGUGAAGAAAUGUAUAGUCUAAUGCUGCGAUGCUGGAAGCAGGAACCAGAGAAAAGACCUCCAUUUUCUGACAUCAGCAAAGAACUUGAAAAGAUGAUGAUGAAGAGUAGAGACUAUCUGGAUCUCGCAGCUUCUACGCCUGCCGAUUCUUUACUCUAUGAUGAUGGGCUUUCAGAAGAAGAGACUCCUCUCGUGGACUGUAAUAAUGCGCCCCUCCCUCGCACUCUCCCUUCCACUUGGAUUGAGAACAAGCUCUAUGGUAGAAUUUCAAAUGCCUUUACUAGAUAUUAAGAACAUUAAAAACCUUUUACUCUGUCUAGUGCCAGUUUCCUGUAGCCAAAAAUGUAUGUCAUCGUCUUUCUCCUUUUCCUUUUUUCACUUGUAUUCUGUGUUAUAGUAGGUUCAAGAAGCUGCACCAGGUCCUGGUUCAAGGGUAGCAAAUCUUCACAUAUCUGCACUAUUUAAAGUUCACAACAUCUUUAUUUCAAGAAUGAAUAUAGCAAUUUCAAUCAACUAUGCAUCUUUGGCAUUUUUGCUCUGAUAAAGCAUUCCUGAUGUAAAUGAUUGGCCGGGUCUUCAUUAAUUUGCUUAUAUUAAAGAGUAAAAUGCAACAUCACAAUGUAACUUCAGUAAUGUUAAUUAUGGGAUCAUCUGAAAAUGGAAAAACACUGCAACCCAUAUCAUCAGGUAACAUAACCAUCAGAGAUUUUGUAUAUUUUAAGAAAUAAAAGUAAACAUUGUAGAUAUGCAAAUUACAGAAUGACUGAUUGUUAUGAAGCUUUCUUUUUGGAUAAAGCAGUUGGGUUUUGUCCAAGGCAGGUUCAGAUAUGUGAGCAAAUUGCUUGGACCAGCUUGGCUGUUUAAAGAAAAGUCAUCUCCUCCUCACAUCUUUUGCCUACUGGACUGGCAAACAUACAGCAUAACAUUUUAUAUUUUAAUCUUUUUAUGAAAGAAACAAACAAAUAAGGUUCUCAUGGAAAACUAGCUUUUGUAUAAUUAAUAGUUUGUCUAACAAGUUUAACUCAGAGUCCCAAGGAUGCCAGGAAGAUGUCACCUUAUUUACAGCCUUAGAAGGCUACAGUAUAUAAUUUGGUGACUGCAAAGCUUGUGUAUUUCUGGAGAAGAUGAAAUGUAUGUACCUUAAAAGACCAGCUGUGUCAUUAGUGUGACCUGUUGGUGCCUAAAGCAUGCAGAAGAACGUGACAUCCUUUGAAACAAUUAGACGUGGAAAAUUCAAAAGUAUGACAAGAGCCUCUUUGGAGACUGUUCUGUCUCUUUAUAAUUUAUAUUAGAAAUGUGUUAUAAUUUGAAUUCAAAGUGACUCUGUUUACAUUAUUAAGGGCCAGGGUUUACAGUAUACUGGAGAGGGCAUUAAAUACAGUGUACAGAUUAUAGACCAUACCAUGUUUCAUGGUAUUUUGUCAUUUUAAUUCAAUUUGCUAACUAUAGUAAUGUUUAAAACACACAUUACAGAUUGUAUACAUAACUUAUCAUUGAUUAUUCCUAACACACUUAUAUAUUAAAUGUGCACAAAAUGAGCUGUUUACAAAUAUUUUCACUCUGUGGUAGCUUGCCCAGUGAUAAGUUGUGGUAAAAUCUGGCAGUAUUGCCUCCAGAUGUCACCCCCCCACUUGCGUGCCCCUCCUUGAUUUGUGCCAACUGUUUUUUAUAUUGUCAGCUGAAUAACAACUAAUUAAAAAAGUCUGGAUGACAGACAUUUGGGGGACAUGGUUACUAGCAGGCAUGACAUGAAAAGAGGUGUAAGAAGUAGAGCUAAGUGCCAGGCACUUAGUCUUUCUGUGGCACUGUGAGGGCUAAAGGGGAUUCUAGAAAAGGGUGGAUGAUUGAAAGAUAUGGAUAUCUAAUUCUAUUUUCAACUGCAUCUCGAAACAGAUGUAGAACAGGUUCACUAUGUCAGAUGUAGAAAAGUGCAUUCCUCUUUGUAAUGUGAAAGUGCUUAAUAAUUUGCUCAACUGAUGUGGAGAAAGCAGUGUUUCAGGAUGAGUCUCACAUUCUCAUUUAUUUCGAAUAGCCUGCCAGGGCAUUUCAGAGAGAACUCGUCAGCAGCCCAAGCUGCAGUGGCUUGAUCACAUGACACUGAGCGGUAGAAUUGGGCCUCAAUUGGCUGAUGGUGAGUUUGUAAUAAAUUCUCCAAUUAUAGUCCAGUAAAGUCUUCAAAAACACAUAAACAUCACUGACUGCUUAUCUCUUACACCAGGAUAUGAACGAGGACUUUUAAUAUCUUAGUUAGGCACAUAACAGUCAUUGUGGCCUGCUGCUGUGUGCAUGUUUUGUGAGCUUUAAUUAACCAAAACCUCAAUAUAUAAUAAGAUAUGAUAAGCUAGAAAGGAGACAGGGACUAACAAUGUUUAUAUA